UGACAUCUCGCCUCCUAUUGGCUCCAGGCAGGUCAGCUGACUUUGUCAUUUUGUCUGUCCUGGAGUGGAGCCGUCCCUAUAACAAUCUAGUUCAGACUACAAACUGGAGACAGAAAUAAAUAUUAAAGAAAUCUUACAGGCAGGUAAAGGAGAAGAUAUGAAUUCCUAUUUCACGAACCCCUCUUUAUCCUGCCAUUUAGCUAGUGGCCAAGAAGUUAUACCCAAUGUGGCCCUUAAUUCAACUGCCUAUGACCCUGUUAGGCAUUUUUCCACUUAUGGAGCAGCGGUUGCUCAAAAUAGGAUCUACUCUUCUCCAUUUUACACACCGCAAGAUAAUGUUGUUUUCAGCUCCAGCCGGGGCCCCUAUGAGUAUGGAUCUAAUGCAUUUUACCAGGAAAAGGACAUGCUCACUAGCUGCAGGCAGAAUGCUAUGGGACACAACACACAGACUUCCAUUGCACAGGAUUUUACCAGUGACCAAAACAGAACCAAUGUCCAGGAACAGAAAACUAGCAUACAGAUCUACCCUUGGAUGCAGCGCAUGAACUCCCACAGUGGGGUGGGCUAUGGAACGGACAGGAGGCGAGGUCGCCAGAUCUAUUCCCGUUACCAGACCCUGGAGCUGGAGAAAGAAUUCCACUUCAACCGCUACCUGACCAGGCGCAGGAGGAUUGAAAUCGCGAACGCACUUUGCUUAACUGAGCGUCAAAUCAAAAUAUGGUUUCAGAACAGGAGAAUGAAGUGGAAAAAGGAGAGCAACCUAACUUCCACCCUGACUGGGGGCACUGGGGCUUCUGCUGACAGCCUGGCCGGGGGUAAGGAGGAGAAGCGAGAAGAGACAGAAGACCAACCCAAAGAGUGAAUAGGGGGCUGCCACCAACUUCCACCUAUUCCCUUCUACACCCCUCCACCCCCUCCCAGCUGGCAGAAUUCAUCUGGAUGGGCUGCAUUAAGGAAACAAAUAUAUAAAUAUAUUAAAUAUAUCUAUCUGCACAUCAAUUUCUAGAGCCAAAAGUGGACUAUGAAUCCAUUGAGGGGAAAGACUACCUGCAAUGUGUUAUCUUUGGCCAGCCUACAUCCACCAUUAAGUUUCUCUGGCUUUCAGUCUCUCUAUGUCCUGUUUUUUCUCCAACUUUGAAUAAAAGACAGUAUUUCCAAAAUCACACAUUUCCCUGUAAGCAAACAUUGCCUGCAAACAAAUGGAGAACAAUCCUCUGACAGACUUUGCCUGUGUGUAUGUAUGUGUGAUUGGGAUGGACCUAGCACAGUCCAAAUGUGAAGGGAUCCCUGCCAUUCCCAAGAAAGUGCCCUGAUCCCUUAUCCCUAGGAGCCGUGGCCACUUACAGUACAUAUAGCAUUUACCCUUCCAAAAUAGCUUGACUGUAUUUAAAACGAUUAUUUGGAUCAUCUUUCCAUGUUACAUACUGUGACAGUUACCGUGUGAAUCUUAUUUUCAAUUGUGCCCGUGGUGUCAGUAUUUAUAUUUAUGUCAGCACUGCAAUGUUCAAUAGUGGCUUGUAACAUGAAGUUUCAUAGCUGUAGAAUAAUGGUUACAUUCU